CUGGACUUGCCAAGACCACGCAGGCCACAGACACGAAAGUCUAUUGAACAACCUGAUGAUGUAAACGAUCAGUGCGACUCUGAGGAUGACAUUCCAUACGAGUGGUUCAGAGAGCAGCCUGAGACAGAAAUUGCAAGAUUCACGACUGUCCAUGAAGUCCCUAGACCAAACUUCACAGCCCCUUCCUCAAAGAAAGACGGGAGGAACCUAUCUGAACAACGCUUACCUGUCGAUACUCCAGUUGGUGAGGAACACUUACCUGAUAUCCCAUGUAGCGACUCCCAUAGCAAUGAAGCAGGAAAUUUCCCUGAAGUUCUGCCCACUUCUCCAGAAUCUCGCACAGAAUCUGAAAAUGAAGUACAGUUUAAAGGACCAUCAAGUGAAUACUUACCUGCCCAUGUCACUGAAUCCACCAGAGAUGUUCCUGCUGAAAAGGAUGUCCCUGUUAGAUGA